AUGCCAAAAAAAUCAGAUACUUUUUCUGAUUCUAAUUUGGCUGCAGCUAUAAUAGCAGUGGACGGUGGUAUGUCAAAAAAGGCUGCUGCCAAACAGUUUGGAGUUGCUCGGUCAACUAUCCAAUUCAGAAUAAAAAAUAGGGACAAAGAAACUUUUUCAUGUGGACCUUCAAGUGUUCUGAGUGUUGAAGAGGAAAAAUCACUUGUUAAAUGGCUCCUUGACUGCUGCAAAAAAGGAUUUCCCAGGCGACGAAUUACUUGGUACAAAUCAUUUUUAAAAAGAAAUCCUAUAAUUUCAAAAAGGACCAGUGAGCAUGUGUCGUCUGCUAGUGGAAAUGUGAGUGAAACAAACAUAAAAAAAUGGUUUGAUGACAUAAUAUAUCAAUAUUUAACUGAAGAAAAAUUAGCAGAUAUACUUAAUGACCCACCUAGAGUAUUUAAUGGCGAUGAGACUGGUUUUUCUCUCUGCCCAAAAACAAAAUCUGUCUUAGGCCCAAGAGGGGCAAAAGUUAUUUAUGAAAUAGCAAAAGGCAAUGAGAAAGAAAAUAUAACUGCCAUGUUUACAUUUAAUGCUGCGGGUCAGAUGUGCAACCCAAUGAUUAUUUUUAAAUAUCAAAGAAUACCGCCUAAUUGGGGAGUUGGGCGAUCAGAUAGGAUUUUACAACCAGCAGAUGUAUCUGCAUUUAGGCCUUUAAAAUCUGGAUGGAAAAAAGGAUUAUCAGAAUGGCGAAAUCAGAAUCCCACCAGUUCAGUGACAAAAUAA